AUGCCAUUAUCUGUUUCACAUGCAUUCCUCUUGUCGAACGCUCGGCUGAUAGAUACCAGGUUUCAUAUCCAUUAUGGCCGUUGGGUCAGAUUUGCCGAAGAUACGUCGACCCCAGCUCUACUGGUGCAGGUGAGGAGGUCGCCGCUGCUGUUGUGCAGCAUCUUCUUGAUCGCGGUACGGCAUACAACCCAGGAACUCGCCGAUCAACUCGCGCCUCUUCUGUUUGAGGAGGCAAGACGACUUGUCUCAUCUGCACUACUCGAUACGCCUCAACCGGUCGAGUUCUUCCAGGCCGCUCUUGUGCUGAGCCUAUGGUCGACAACUAUUGGGCAGACGCCCUUGAGUAUCGACAGCUGGCUCCUGACCGGCUAUGCUCUCCAACAAGGCUUGGCCAGUUCUCAUUUCAGCGGAAUUUUGCAUCCUGAGAAGGAGCCCAACAACACGGCCGAUUUGGAUGCAUGGUGCCUCUGGAAUCACAUAUGCAUAGCACAUCUCCAAUAUUGUGUUGGCACACGCCGUCAAGCCCUUCUCAAUCAAGCCCAGAUCAGCCGAUGUGUUCGCCUUCUCGAAAACGAUAAGAUGACAAACUUUGAAGCACGAAUGGCCGCCGAGAUCAAGCUUUAUUGGAUCAUCUAUGAGAAGUGCUGCAUUUCACCACUUGAUAUAGCGGGCACGAAGAAUGCUCUGCGAUCUUGGCACCAAGAGUGGGCCGCCUUGUUUGAUCAACCUCGUGCUCAGUUCUUGGAGAUGGGCUUCCAUUUUGCUCAUCUCAUUGCCUCCUCUCAAGCACUAAAGUCGGCUCGAGCGGUCAUACGCGGUUCCAUCCUCACGGAGAUGGUCAAUCUGUCGAAAGCCAUCAUCAAUCUGGCGAUGGAGACGACGGAUGAACGUACCCGUCAUCUGACGGAUCACAUCUACCAUAUCAUCACCUUUUCUGCUCUCACGCUCUGUCGCCUCGUUCAUGCCUAUGAGUCGAAGCUUCGAGCGGCAGGUCACGAUAUUGCAGCCUUGGAUGAGCUUGUGUUUCGACUAGUGGGUUGGCUGAGGUCAAUUGGCUUGCCCUGCCACGCAGCACAUUUGCUUGGGGACAUCGUGUUGGCACAAUUUACAAAGCUACGGCCAGCUUUCCGACAUGUAUCAACGGCUUCAUACACCACCCCCCGGGAUAUGACCGGCUCCCAUGUGAAUGGCCUCAACCUCAGUAAUGAUCAGGCACUUCCGGACGACAUCACAUAUAUGUAUCCGGAGUUCAUCUUCGACGCAAACACCGUUGCGGACUGGCCACAAUGGGAUAUGAUGCUGUCGGACACCGACUUGCCGGUCUGA